AUGAGAAUUGCAGACACGAAGCUGGAAUGGGCCUUUUUCGGUGUGGCGGUUGUACAAUUUGUGCUGGUCACGCUUCUUCAAAUAUCUGUUCUCGUCAGAUAUCUAGACUGGGUUAACCCUGCAGUCUAUCAAGUUCCCUUAUCUUACGUCAUUCCCAUGGUCUUUGUCAUACCGACCUUUGGGUGUCUCUUCCAAGCUACCGUGGCUCUUGAUACAUGCCGCAUCAAGAACAAGAUCCAGAUAUGGGCGCAGUGCGUCAUCAACAUCUGCCUCUCUGUCACGGCGGGAAUGCAAUAUGUCCAAGCCAAGGAUGCGACUGAGAGGAUUCUAAAAGGCCAUGACAUGUUUGACAAUCCCUUUGCGGAUAACGAUGAGCCGUUUUGGAAGUACACGCAGCCGGCUUUGAUUGCGUGUAUUGUCUUGUUCUCGGCCUGCAGUAUUCUCAUGGUUGCCCUGGCAUGUUGGCUACAUGUGGAAUUCUCAUGGACGCUGUAUGAACAUGCGUAUCUAGUGUGUCUCAAAAUUUCACUCCUCUUUGUUAUUCUCUUUGUCGUCGUCUACGGCUUUCUCAAUGUUCAUUACGAAGAGCCCGAGUUUGGCCUGACAAUGGCGAUCCUACCUAUUGCCGUCAUACACGCGGGUCUCGCAGCUUACUGCGUAACAAACGAGCAUAAAAAGGGCAUGCUUGUGGUGAUAGCUUUGCACCUCGGCCUUGUCGGCUACCUCGUCAGCAGGCUGACGAUCCUUUUCGGAAAGGGACUUCGGUCUAAGACAUUGAUGAAGGAAGAGAUGGUACUCUUUGCUGCUAUGGGUCUGUUCUUGAGUAUUGUAUCGGCGAUAGCUGCAGCCAUUUGCACGGCGAAUUUCGACAAGGGAUUGAAGCCGUUGCUGUUGGGUCAGGAGUCAAGGAAUCUGGCACCACCGCAGGAGUUUGAACUGACGAGACCACGGCCCAUAAGUGGUGUGUUUUCUCGUCCUGAACGGAUGUCGCGUCGCUUUGACAUAGACUAG